GAAGUAAUAAUUAACUAAACAAAAUGGCGAAGUUUUUUGAGUAAGCUUAAUGUAAAAGCUGUGUUUACUUUCCGUCAAUGAACAAUCGAACUUUGACAUUUUUCACCAAUGAAGACGAGAAUAAUAUAUAGAUCUAGAUAUAUCUAUAAAUCUAGAUAGUUCUUGAUUCUAGAUCAACAACUUAACCACCCUUAGGAUAUUACUCUUAGUUUCAGAAUGGCAGGCCCCAAGAACAGUGAUCUUACUAGAGAUCUGCAAGACAGCAUCAGAGAAGCUGUUGACAGACAAGUCAAGUUUUCUUUGAAAAAAAUGGUCAAAAUGGAAAUUCGAUCAGACAGAAUUGAAAGUCGCAUAAUAGCUUGCUCUGCAUUUCGUUUGUUCAUUUUUACACCCAAAGUGCCUUCAAAACUUGAAAACAGCUUUCACUUCCUAGAAAUACAAAGUAUUGAAAGUAAAAAACCUAAUCAGCUGUAUCUUGUAGUGGAUGGUAAAGUCAAUCAUUUCCUUAGUGAUGGAUCUCCAGAAGAUAUGGACCAUAUUAUCCUGCACAUUGGUAUCAGCUUGAAGCAUACCUUCCCUUCAUAUCCUCUAGAGCGUUUAAUACUAAAAUUGGAGGUUCAACCAUCAGAGAGAUUAAAACCUAUGCAUGAUAUGAUGAGAACUAUAGAGAUGAAAGAGAGUGGAUCUUGUGGAGGUUUCACUUCAAUGUAUCAGUGCAUGUGUGAUUUUCAUGGUUUGCCUUUGAGGGAUGAAGUUGUGUGGGACAUUGAUACAAUUUACUUAUCUCAUGAUUGUAGGGAACUAAGAUUACAGGAUUUUGAUCACUUAAAUGGAAAAGACUUAGUCCCUAUCAUUGGAGCAUUGGAGCAUAAUACUUGGUUCAAACAGUUUAAUGCCAGCAAUAUCAAAUUGACAGUGGAAGCAUGUAAUGAGCUUAUAAAAGUGCUGAAACGUAACUCCGUCAUUGAAGAAGUAAACCUUAGCAACACUGGAAUUAAAAUGGACUUUAUUCAGAAGCUAUCACUAGCUAUAACUUCCAAUAGUGGGAGUCAGCUGAACAAUCUUGAUUUAUCAAAUAAUACAAUGGAAGAUAAAGCAAUCUACCAUCUUCUAGGAGGCAUUUCUCAUCUCACAUCAGCAUUAACAUCUUUGGAUAUUUCAAAAACUGGUAUCAGCACUAAAUGCUUGAAUAAAGUUGGUGAAAUGUUGGCUCAGUGCCCAAGAGUAAUGGUUGGACUCACAACUUUAAAAGUUAAUGAGAAUGGCCUGAAAGGAGAAGAUUUUAUAGGACUGAAUAACUUCUUAGCCCAACCAAAUGCCAUCACUUACCUAGAUCUUAGUGGUACAGACUGCACCUUAGAUACGCUUUGUGAUCCACUGAUGAGAGGCUGUCCCAACUUGACUGUCUUAAAAGCUUCAAGAACUGUAUUUACGCAUAAAAAAUCUAAAGAUGUUGCAGUUCCAAAUAUAUGGAAACAAUUUUUUGCUUCAGCUUGUUGUCUUGACUACAUUGAUUUCUCAAGCUGCCGAUUACCCAGUGAGGCUCUCAAAGAACUACUCAUAGGAGUGUCUUGCAAUAGAAGUAUCAAGUCUCUGUACCUCGACAUAAGCAGUAAUGAACUUGGUGUUUCAGGAGCCAGUGUAUUAUCUUCAUGUAUUGCUCAGGUCAAAGGCAUUAAAACCUUAGAUAUAAGUAACAAUGGGUUUGAUUCUGAAAUGAAAUCAGUUUUGCUUGAGUUGGCUAAGAAUUCCCAUUUAAAAGGCUUAAUGAUUGGGAGAAACUUUUCAAACAUCAAACCAAAGAACAUGUCUGAUGUCAUGAAUGCAGUGGUUCAGAUGUUACAAGAAGAAACAUGUCACUUAGAGUCCUUAUCAAUAGCAGAUUCAAAACUGAAGACUGACACAACAUACUUAAUUAAUGCUCUAGGAAGCAACAACUUUCUUCUUGAAAUUGACCUAAGUGGAAAUUUGAUGGGAGAUUUUGGGGCAAGGAUGCUUGCAAAAGCUCUUUUGAUAAAUACAAAGCUUCAGAAAAUUGUAUGGGACAGAAAUAAUAUAACAGUGACUGGAUUUGAAGAUAUAGCAGAGGCUUUGAAAAAGAAUAUGACCUUAAAACAGAUGCCUAUUGCUGUGAGUGAUGCUGUAGCUGCCGUUGCUUUGUCUCCUAAAAAAACAGAAGUAGCUCUACAGAAGAUUGAAAGCUAUUUACAAAGAAAUAAUAAUCCAAGAAGAUUUGCAUCAGAUCAGGUCUACAGGCUGCAGCAAGGCUUUUUAAUUAGUUCUACACAACAGGAGAUAGACAAACUCAUUGUGCAAGUGGAAGAUACCAUACAAGCAUUGAGGGGCUAUGGAACUGUAGAAGCCUUUGCUAAUGAACUGAAAGCAGCAGAAUCAUUGAUAAUUGAUGCUAACAAAUCCAAGCAGCUUUUACCUGGACUACAAGAUAUCAGUUUGAAAUCUCAAUCCUCUGGAAAUAUUAUUAGUCAACACCUCAAUACAAUGUCAUUACAACUGACAGAUAUCAUUAAAGAACAUUUGCAGCACACAACAGAGGAAAUGUUAAGUUGCGCCAAGCUAACAUGUCCAUCUAUAAUGGCUGACCAGAAUUUUCAUAAAGUCAUACAAGAUGGUUGUCAUUCAAAAUUGUCAAGUUUGCGCAAAGAUCUCUCUAGAGAUGUUUUAGAAGGAGCCAGUACAGAUAUUUUUAAUGCCACCAGUGAACUAAACCUCUCUGUGGCAGCUCUGAUAUCUGACAGUGUUGUGGAAGCAGUUAUUGAUGCAUUGACAGCUACCUAUAAAAGUUUGUCCAACCAUCUUUGUUUGAGAAAGAGUGGUCUGUAUCAGGUGGAACAAGAACAAAAGACUGUUGACGUUAGGCAAGAAGUGAAUAGCAGUAGUGUACAUGAGAAUCCAGAUGAAUUAUCAAGUAGAAGAAAAACUGUCAUUCAAAGGAAACAAAGGCCCCAGUCUGCUAUGGGAGAAGUGGAUGGAGUUACUGUUUAUCAAAGUUUUCCUAUUAAGUCAGUUGCAGAAUUUGUCCUUUCAAACAAGAUUACAUCAGAGAAAGUUCCAGAAAUUGAAGAGAACUCAAUUGGCAGCACCAAUGAGUUCACUGACAUCUCUGCUCCUGCACAACGACUUGAGCACAUUACAAAAGCUCGUCCUAAGAGAGAAAAAGCUCAUAGACCAACACGUCCUAUUCAUCUUCAAGGAACCACAGAGAUGGAAGAUCCACCCUUGAAUGGUCCUUUAAUCAAAGCACAGUUAUCCCACACUGAUAUACCUUUGAAAGAACAGCCAGCCAUUCAGCGGCAACCAUCUGAUAUAAAAAAGAAACCUGAAGAUCUAGUCAGCAAAAUAGACAAAAAAGGGGCUCAAAAAUUAAAAGAAAAGGAAGCAAAAGAAAAAGAGACUAAAAAGAAAGGGUUUGGUAGCAGCAUUUCAAGUAUUUUUAAAAUGAAAGAUGAUAAGAAAGCUAAAAAUGUGGUUGCUUCAAACAAAGGUCAGGUUAUUGAAGAGACCCAAUCACCAGAUGUUACUGCUGAGAUCAGGCUUGAAGAUUCCAUUGAAACACCUGUGAUUGCUGUAGAAGCUCAGCCUGUGGAAAAACUGUUACCUCCUUCAAGAAAUAAACAUGUGUUACAUGAUAGAGUAGCCAUCCUACCUCCAUCAUCCAAGAGAGUGGAGACAUCUGCUGUUACUCUAGCUGAAGAAGAAGAUUUCACACUAGCUGAACAUAGGAUUGAUUCCAAAGAAGAUGUUGAAAAGAAAGAGGACAUCUCCAAGAUACCAGCUGGUGCUGUAAAGCAUGGUUUAAGUGGCCAGUUAAUGCAAGAAAUGAAAGACAAAAGAUUAUCUAAGUUACUAUCACAUUCACCUGAGGAUGUCAGAAAUGGCAAGUUAACUGUUGAAGCCAAUAACAAUGAAAGAGAGGCUGAUGGACUUGUCAAAGAGGUUGAUAACAAGAUGCCCUUGUUAAAACAGUACAGUGACAAGCCUCCUGAAGUGAGUGAUCAAACUGACCAUUCCAGAAAGCUGGGUCAGGAAGUGACUAAACUGACCAGCUCUUCAAUGAAAAGACCUCUCUCUAGUCUUGAAGAGCAUGCGCCCAGUGAUAGCAUUCCACAGUGUAUGACAGUCUCAACACCAGAGCUAAGCCUAACUGAUGGGGCCCAUCCAAAACCUCGACCUCCUCCGCCACCUAAGCCACCCAAACGUAAUGUCAACACAGAUCAAAAUAAAGAUGUAAGUGAACUAGAGAAAAGUCCAGUCAUCUCUACCCCAAAUGAAGGUAUAGUCUAUGACUCAGCUACACUCAGAUUGCCUGUAAAGGAGAAAAUCAAAAGAAUAAGUCAGGCAAUGGAGAACAGAGAUAGUUCUAGCCAGUUAUCACACAGUACCAGUCCUAGCCAGUCCUCACUUGUAGCUUGUACUAAAGAUAGUCUAACAUCUGAAGAACUGAAUGCUUCUCUAAGGUCAUCCAAUAGUUCUAGCAGCAGAAGUUCUGGAGAACAACUAGUGGCAGAGAAACAAAAGGAUGAUCUUCACAAGAGGGAGAGUGAAAACAAUAAUGAUGAAAUCAUGGUCUAGUUGAACUACACUUUGGAUACUUCAGAGCUAAGUGUCAUGUCUUCUUCAUUGUGUUCACAGCUUGAUGUGUACAUGGCUACAUGGCCUGAUAUGUAAAUAGAUGGUUCUAUUGCAAUGAUCCAAUUGAAAACUUUUUUUUGUUUUACUUGUUGUUUACUUACUGUUCAAUGUAGCUGCAUUUAAAUUUGUUUUUGUUCAAUCAAAUUCAGAAAUUUUCUGAACAUUUUUACUAACUGCUGUGACUUUGUAAUAGUCCAAAGUUUCCUUUGGCUCUUCAUGCAAUGUUUGUUCAACUUUUCAUAAGAUGUACACAACUAAAAAUCUUCCAUCCUAUUGCUAUAACUCCAUUGAAAGUUCAUCAUAUUGCUCUAUAACUCCAGUGAAAGUUCAUCAUAUUGGUCUAUAACUCCAGUGAAAGUUCAAGUCUCUUCAUAUUUGUAACAAAAUAGUAUGCAUUGUAGGGGGAAACAACUGGAAUGAGAAUUAGGAGGCAGUCAUCUUGACCUACCAACAAGUGAAAACAUUGCAUCUUGUGGACAGUUGCAAACCAAACAAAUGACUAUGCUGCUUAAAGAGUGAUGGAAAUCCUUUUAAAUAUUUAAGAAUGUCAGUUCAUUCUUAGUAGUACUUAAAAAAUGUGUUGUUGUUUUUUUCUCUUCAAAUAUUUGUUAAUCAAAUUAAUUCAUUUAAUAUUUUCUUGCUAACAAAUCCUAUGUUGCAGUCCUGUUUUUUUUAUUUAUAUUUUUGCUUUAUGCAUUAAAUUAUGCAAGUCAACUCUGCUGCCAGAAAAGUGCCAGACAAUUUUUGUUGAGUCUUUCUACAUUGGUUUCAUUUAUAUUCAUUUGCUUUCUUAGGGUUGUCUAUUCUCAGCCCUACAAAGAAAGCAAUAAAUAAUUGUAUACUUUGUAAUAUUUGUCUAUUAUACAUCACAAUGAUUGUAAUAUAACAUUUCAGAUCCUGAUUAAUUCAUGAAAAAUCUAUGUCCAUGUUUUUUCAGAACUUGCUGGCAUCAGUGUGAGCCUUUUUAAAAAUGUAUUUUAGACCAAGUUUUAAAACCAUCACAACUUCACUGUUGUGCAACAAAAACUUGUUGAUCUAAACCUUGGAUGGCUUUCAUAUUAUAUUCAUUCAUCUAAAGAUUCCCUGCACCUACUAAAUGUAUAGCUGUUAUCUAUAAAUAUCUUGUGACCAGGUGAACAAUGAUCCUAUUCUCUCUGUCAGUUACUGUUCAACCUUGUGAUAUGUGUGGUGCAGUUUCAAUACACAGAGCCAUGACAUUUUGAAAUAAACUUAAUAUGUAUGUACUCUACGUUUAGCACAACAUAUACCCAGAUACAUCUAACUGUUAAUGAAGAACUGAUUCUGAUUUGGUUUAACUAAUGUUGUGAAAGUUUGGAUCUGUAGCACUUAAGGUUGUCUUGUUUUUAAAUCACAUAGUGUCAUUUUUCAUGAGCAUACAAAUUAAUCAUUCCACUUUUAUUUGAAAGCUGACAUUGGACUUUUGAAAUUAAACGCUGAAAAAUUUCUAUUGUUUGUCAUAUGUUUCUCUUUAGUGAAAUACAAUGAAAAGAAAUGAGAUCUGUGUUUCUUGAUUGGAUCAUCUAUUUACUGCACUUUCAGAACUUGCUAAACUUGACUAGUAUUGGCCAACAGUUUGCUAGGGUAGUCUGAAAAUUAAUUUCUAGCUAGUAAAAAAAAACAAUGUUAAGUUUUCAGUUUUUAUUGACAUUUUCAUAACCAAGUCUUUAUUUAUAUGUGUUAAAUUAAUAUCUUUCUCUCUCUCUCUCUCUAUAUAUAUAUAUUUAUAUAUAUAUAGUUUGAUUUUUUUUUUAUGUUUUUUUUUCUGUUUAUUUUAACUUAAUUAAAUAAAAGAAAAAUCAAAUAACAUUUAAGCAAUUAAAUGAUUUUACCAUUUAAAAAAUUUGGGGGGAAAUUAUUGUCUUCACAUAAACCAAUGUCAGUCUAUUAUAGUGUAGAAUAAUUAUCUUUAUCAGUUAAUAGUAAAUCUUCUAUAGUGUACAAUAUUUCUGACUACAAUUAAUAUAAUCUAUUAACAUUUUUGAUAUUUUGAAGAAUAUUAAUAUUUUGAAAUGUUUUUAUAUUUAGUUUCAUUUUUAAUUUUCUUAAGAUUUUUUUUUUUCAUUUAAUUACUGUGUAUUUUUUUUACUAUUUAUUUACUUUUUUUUAUUUUGAACAUUUUCAUUCAGACAACUAUCUGCAAUACAUAACUUAUGAUCUUAGAAUGUGUUGUUCAGGUCCUGUUGAAGUCAUUCAAACAUUUAAAAAAAACAAUUGUUUCCUUCAGGUUUAUUCAGUUUUUGUUUCCACCCUAUGACUUGUGAUAAAAUGUAUUUAUUGUUUUUAAAAUACCAGGUUUGUUUUUGGCCUAACCAGAUAAAUUUAAAUUAGAAUCAUGCUUUUUCCCUGUUUGAAUACCUUAGUGAAAGAUUCAAAUUUGGUACACACUUCUAAAUCUAUAUCUGAGAUAGUAGUUAGUCCAUCUCCUAUUUCAAUACAAAUGGCUUUUAUUUAUGCUAUGAAAUGUUAUUUUUAAAACAGAACCAAUCAAAUAAUUCUAUUAAUAGAUCUGAUUUUUUUUUUAACUUCUUGAAAAAUGACAUUUCAUUUUUAUAGUUGAACUGAACUUUUUGUUCAUUUAAUGUUUUUAGAAGGAUGCACUUCUGUUUUGACUUUUGUCAAACAUGAUUUAUUGUUGCCUUAUAUUCAUUGUGUCUAAUGAUUUGAUGCUUGCUACAAGUGAGUGAUUCAUGUGAUUAGUUCCACCCAGUACAUAGGAGCAUAAUGUUUUCUUCAAAGCAUACUGUGCUAUGAUUGAAUAGUUUCUUUAAAUAUAAAUUCUAUACUAUCUCAAAUAAAAUGAUACAAACAAGAA